CCUGUAUUUCAUAAUUUCCUCCUUCUUGAUUAUUCUCUCAUUUUGGUGGAUCAGAUCUAGAGGAUCUUCCUGGAGGUACUGGGAAAAGUAAGACAGGUACUAUUUUGUGUGUGUAGUGAUUUAACACGUCUGAAACUAUUCUAGUCACACACUCGAUUGGUAGUUAUACGAAUACUGAAGACUAAACUGGAAGUAACUUUCCCUCAGAGUUUUGAAGACAGUACCGUAUGGCUUCCUAGAUUCUAAUGAUUCUAUCGAGCAAUCUGCAGCCACUCUGGAUUCCAGUCUUUAUAACACGGAAGGGUGUGGAUCUCUUUAUCCUCGACGUGCGGAAAAUUCACAAUGAUAUGUCUUGAGGUGGAUGAUUUAAUAUUUGUGCUGGGUGCUUGGUAGGAUCUUCCAGGGUGAAUUCAUAUCCUUAACAUCUGGACAACUUUCUUAUGUCAUUUAUUGAUUAUUUCCUUCCUUCCAAUUUUUCUGGUUUGAAACUUCUGGGCUGGUUUUGUGAUGUGACUGCACCAGCCACGCGCGUGCGCAGUGUGCACUGCGUGUGCACACGCGAGCCCGUUGCGCCUGCGCACGGCGCUGCCGUCGCCCCUCCUUCCGUUGCGCUCUCCACCUGCGCGGGGUUGAAAGGCCUUCAGGAAAGCUGUCAGCCAGGGCAGUUGACGGUUACUCAGCGCCACGAGCCCUACUAACUCCUCCUCCCUCGGCGAGAAACUCUCCGCCUGGGCCCGCGUGAGAGGAGCGCAGCCUCUGAGGGGAGUGGCGACCCCGCCAGCCCCGGUCUCUUUCCCAGGCGGCGGCGGCGGCUUCUUCCGUGGGACAAUAUGUUCAAGAGAAUGGCCGAAUUUGGGCCUGACUCCGGCGGGAGAGUAAAGGGGGUUACUAUUGUUAAACCAAUAGUUUAUGGUAAUGUUGCUCGGUAUUUUGGAAAGAAAAGAGAAGAAGAUGGGCACACUCAUCAGUGGACAGUAUAUGUAAAACCAUAUAGAAAUGAGGAUAUGUCAGCAUAUGUGAAGAAAAUCCAGUUUAAAUUACAUGAAAGCUAUGGCAAUCCUUUAAGAGUUGUUACUAAGCCUCCAUAUGAAAUUACUGAAACAGGAUGGGGUGAAUUCGAAAUAAUCAUCAAAAUAUUUUUCAUUGAUCCCAAUGAAAGACCCGUAACCCUUUAUCAUUUGCUAAAGCUGUUUCAGUCGGACACCAAUGCAAUGCUGGGGAAAAAGACAGUGGUUUCAGAGUUCUAUGAUGAAAUGAUAUUUCAAGACCCAACAGCAAUGAUGCAACAAUUAUUGACAACAUCACGUCAGCUAACAUUAGGAGCCUACAAGCAUGAAACGGAAUUUGCAGAACUUGAAGUGAAAACCAGAGAAAAAUUAGAAGCUGCUAAGAAAAAAACAAGCUUUGAGAUUGCAGAGCUUAAGGAGAGAUUAAAAGCAAGUCGUGAAACUAUAAAUUGUUUAAAAAAUGAAAUCAGAAAACUUGAAGAAGAUGACCAAGCAAAAGACAUAUAAACAGUUCUCAAGAGAACUUGAUAGUAAGCUAAACUAAAAAUAAGGUGGGCUCACUGGAGAAAUGUACUUACUGCAAAUGCUAUGAUGUUUUUUUGAGGAACUUCAUAGCUGUUGACCAUGGAUUGCUCAGCAAUGGGAAUAUGUACUGUUUAAGCAAUCUUUAAUGGAAAAUAUAUGUGUAAGAAUGGAUGUUAUGUAGGCAUUUUAACCCAUUUUAGGGAAGUUCUAUGAUGUUAAGCACAAUUUAAAAAUUUUUUUAUUGUAGUAUAUGUAUAGCUUAUUUCAUUAUAAAAUAUUACUUGUACAAAUUUUGUACUUCUCUAGUAGUUAGAAUUAGUGAUAAAAUUAAUGUGUAUAUUUAAUUUCUUCAACUUUUCCCCUACCCCAUCCUAUCUUUUUUGUAUAAGAAGUAUUCAAUAAAUGUAGUUUACAGAUCCU